AUGUCCACCACGUUGAUUCUUCCCCCUUCACUUGCCGGCGUCCUGACCACUCCCCCAACCGCCUCCCGCAUUUGCGCGCCGUUCCCAAAACCUCUGCACCUCCGAGCUCCCCAACUCGUCAUGGACAUUGAGCGUCCCCAGUCCGCGCCCCCGGCGACGAGUGGCGGCGGCAUUGUCCACCCAAUCACUCCGCAGGACCGCGAGUUUAUUGCCCAAGUCCUCCGCGAUGGCCUCUAG